CUCUUACCAAAAUGUAAAUCUUCUUCUUCUUCUCCUUCUUCUGUAUAAAAAUUAUUGAAUAGUCGGGCUCUUUUCUCUCUACAGUUUCCAAGUUCAUUCGACAGUUGUUGUCUCCUUGGAUCACUUAGUAUAAAAGGCACGCCUUAUUUCAUCAUGUGACAAGAAUGGGCCGGACUGGCAAAGUAAACGAUAUGCAGCGGAGGGUUUCUCAGACUGACGCGUGUGGUGCCUGCCCGGAUCCUCCUACCCCUAUCUUUUGAAGUCGGCGUUAGAAACCCACGUUACCAAAUGUUAAUACGUUCAGACAAUCACACUAUAAAAAAAAUAAUUUUGAAACGUUUGGAAGUCCUGAAGUAUUUGGUGGAGGGAAGCAGAAUAAUUAAGAAACGUUUACGGCAUCAUAAGUAACAUUGAAGCUUAUUGAAUGGAUGAAACUGCAGAAAAUUCUUUGGAACCUCGAACUGCAUAUCAGUGAAAGGAAAAGAAAGAUACUGGAAAUACCGAAGUAUAUCAAUGCAUAUACAGUGGAAGGCAAAAGAAUAUUGAUGAAAAAGUUGGUAACCCCUCAACAUUUCUCGUAAUUAAUAAGGAAAAAAAUAUAUGCACCUCGAAACAGGUACGGAAGAGUGAAGAGAAGCUCACUAACAAUAUUGUGGAAACGCAAGGCGUGUGGUGUGGAAAACAAGAACAUAUAAUUUUAAAAUUGUGUGGUACCUUGAAACUAUUCUGAGGCAGAUAAAAAGAGCAACAGCACCGUGUUGGAAAAUAACCGACGUCAACUAUGGCAAACGACACUCCUCCGCCAAUGCCUGAGCCUGGUGAAGGCCCCCAGGAGUUUGGUCGCGGGUUUGUAUUAGCUGUGGGCGUUGCCUGUGCUUCUGUAGCCGUUCUUCUCACCCUCUUGGCCGUUUUCAUCUACUCCAGGUUUUGCACUGGAAGGCACAGAGCUCAAAAUGGAUGUUUGUGCUCUGGAAGCAUUCCCGUACUGAACUGCCAGCUUAGCCAUCUAGCGGCCCUCCCUUUUCAAGGCCAGCAGGUACGUCGCUGCGGGUGUUCCCAGCUCGCACAUCCUCCGUCCUACCACAGUUUCGGGGACAACUUAGAUGAGGGAGUGGAGCAUGUUUCUCGUCGAAGCGUUUCCCAACAUGACCUCACAUCCCCCGAGCAGCCUCUGAAUCCCGCAGCCUUAAGCCACCGAGGUUCUGAUGGCCAGUUCCUGCCUAGUGCAACCUUCUACGGUGCCUCUCAGAACUCGACGGCUGUUCCCAUGUCUGGCUCGUGUGCAGCACAUUCAACGUACACUCCAUGUACCCCCCGCCGGGAUGCUCACAGACAACGAAGACCGUGUUAUCCUGCUGAGCGUCAGGAUGACGCCAGUCACACAGAAGCUCCUUCCGUUCCGUCUUCCACAGCCACUGUUUUCUCCCUUGGCCACAGCCAGCAGAGUGACACGCGCUCAUUUUUCACUCAGAGGACACCAAUUGGAGAUUCCACUCGCCACGACUCACCUAGACAACCUCGCAUCAUUCAAGCUCAAAGCCACACCCCACAGGUGCAAAGCCAUACCGUGCAGGAAUACAGUCGGGAAACACAGACUCAAGUCCAAACCCAGGGGAUUCAAAACCACGCCCCACAGGCUACAGUCGACAACCCACAUAUUCAAAGCCACGCCUCACAGGCUCCAAUUGUCAAUCCACAGACCCAAACCCACGCCCCACAGACCCAAACCCACGCCCCUCAGAUCCAAAGUCACGCCCCUCAGAUUCAAAGCCACGUCGCACAAACUCCAUUCGACGCCCCUCAGCUUGAAAGAUAUGCGACGGACCCUACUCAAACUCAAAACUAUCGGUCACGGCUUUGGAAUAACUCCCGUUCCGAGGAGGUCAGCACAGCCCAACCUGGAAACAGUGUUAUACGAAUGUCUGGAGACCAUGUUAAUGAGAGAGCGCUGCAAAAUCCAGCAGCUGCCUCCAGCAGUACGCGAGGCCUUGUGGCAGUGACUGAGAGAAGCGUCGGGAAUGAAGAUGACGGCAUGGCUCAAAGGCUGGAGAGGCCCGUUGAUGAUGUUUCUUCUGCGACCAGGAGCGUCGAUGUACUUUCACCUCGAGUAUUUUCCAGCCACGUUGUUGUCCUUCCUCGAAUAGACUCGGUAAAUCAGAGCAACGAGAGAGAUGAAAUGAUAGAACUUCGACCGCGCCCACAUCUGAACCUCCCAGAGAACAAUGGAGGCACUGCUCAGACGACGUGCUUUGAUGCUCGCGACGCUGUUGCCACGGAAAACUCAUGUGUGAACCAGUCAAGGUUACCACCGAGUGCAGAUAGUGGAUAUCUUCCUGCAGUGUCUUCUCCUGGCUAUGAAAUCUCUCCCAUGCCUUCAGUUCUAAACAGCGCCCCUACCCUGAAUCCAAACUCACUAGAGGGAAUAACGGAUUUACCUGAAAGAAGGUGGGAAGAAUGUGAGGACUCUUCAGAGGAAGCCCACCACCAAACUCUGAGGAAACGUACUUCUACCGAUGAUGUCUUUCAGCGACUCGGCACGUGCACUGGAGAUCCGAACUAUCUAGAACAGAGCAACGAAAAACUAAAAAGAGACAAACAACUCGGGUCACUCAUUCGUCCAGAGAGCAGAGCCCAUGCCUCUGAACGUGAGUGCGCUGACGACUCUCCAUUGCACUUGAGCCAGGAAGAUCUUCUCCUGUUCCGGAAUCCACCUGAAGAUGUUCUCCGGACGCUGUAUACUCCGACACAGUGUAGCCGGACCAGCAUUGUACAGGGAAAACUGCUCGUCCACAUCGCCAAGACUAUUGACAGUAGAGGUGGAGAACUCUACCUUGACAAGAUGGGUAUCCGACUGCGAGUUCCCCCCCUUGCCAUCCUGCCCGGGAGGAGACAACUGAUCUGUUUGGUGCUCAACUGGGACCUCUCGGACAACCCAGGCAUGCUCAGACAGGAAGCGCUUGUGAGUCCUGUCAUCUUCUGCGGGCCGCAUGGACUCACAUUUGACAAACCAUGCACGAUCUCCUUCAAACACUGCGCCUUUGACUCCAGGUUCGCUGAGAUCCGAUGCAGUGACACGGACCUGUUCGACUCCAAGGAGUGGUCGAAGAUGCCAGCCGUCGUACAGAGCCAGGGUCGAGGGGAGAAAGGGCAGGAUGAUGCGAGCGAGAGGCAACAAGGCGACGAUCAAAAAAAUGGUGACGUCGAAACUGAAGAGACGACUUCUAAAGUGCAGAGGGCUCAGUACUUCACGUCUGAUGAGUGCCAGGUAACGUCGGUUGCUUGAUUUGUUUGUUUGUUUGUUUGUUUGUUUUGUGUUCUGUUUUGUUUUGGUUUUU